AUGUCAAAAUCGUACAUAAAUCUGUUGGAUUUGGCAUCGGGGAACUUCCCUACAAUGGAGGGGAGAAGGAGAAGGAUGCCAAGGGUGAACACAGCUCCGGGGAACUUGUCAGAUAUUGAGGAUGAUCAAGCGCGCAGUGUGUCAUCUGAUCAACCAUCCUCGCUUUCUUCUGAUCGGGUGAUUAUUGUUGCAAACCAACUUCCAUUGAAAGCAAAGCGAAGAGAGGAUAAUACAGGGUGGAAUUUCAGUUGGAAUGAGGAUUCUUUGCUAUUGCAACUUAAAGAUGGGCUGCCAGAUGACAUGGAGGUUCUUUAUAUAGGAUCAUUGAGGGUUCAUGUUGAUCCUAUUGACCAGGAGGAUGUAUCACAAAUAUUACUGGAUGAAUUCAAGUGUGUUCCCACUUUUCUCCCCCCUGAUAUUAUGAAAAAAUUCUAUGAUGGUUUCUGCAAGAAGCAUUUGUGGCCAUUAUUUCAUUACAUGAUGCCCUUUUCAGCUGAGCAAGGAGGCAGAUUUGAUCGGUCUUUGUGGGAAGCAUAUAUUUCAGCUAAUAAGUUGUUUUUUCAAAGAGUAGUUGAGCUUAUAAACCCAGAUGAAGAUUAUAUCUGGAUUCAUGAUUACCAUUUGAUGGUGUUGCCGACCUUCUUGAGGAGGCGUUUUAGUCGGGUUAGAAUGGGAUUUUUCCUUCACAGCCCAUUUCCCUCAUCAGAGAUCUACAGAACUCUUCCUGUAAGAGAAGAAAUACUUAAAGCUUUACUCAACUCGGAUAUUAUUGGUUUCCACACCUUUGACUAUGCUCGUCAUUUCCUUACUUGUUGUAGCCGAAUGUUGGGCUUGGUAUAUCAGUCAAAGAGAGGCUAUUUAGGAUUAGAAUAUUAUGGAAGGACUAUUAGGAUUAAGAUUAUGGCAGUUGGAGUUCAUAUGGGUUGGAUACAGUCGAUGAUGAAAAUUGCAGAUGAGGACUGUACUAUGAGAGAGCUUACACAAAAAUUUAAAGGGAAAACAAUGUUUCUUGGUGUCGAUGAUAUGGAUAUAUUUAAAGGUAUUAAUUUGAAACUUUUAGCAAUGGAGCAGAUGCUCAAGCAGCAUCCUAACUGGCAAGGAAAGGCUGUGCUAGUCCAGAUUCUAAACCCUGCUAGAGGUAAAGGGAUAGAUUUAGAGGAAGUACGAGAAGAAAUACAAGAAAACAGCCAGAGGAUAAAUGAAGAAUUUGGGAAACCGGGUUAUAAACCUAUAAUCAUUAUCGAUAGGCCAGUUUCCAUUAGUGAGAGGGUUUCCUAUUACAACAUGGCUGAGUGUGUUGUUGUGACAGCCGUUAGAGAUGGGAUGAACCUUAUUCCCUAUGAAUAUGUGGUCUGUAGACAAGGAAUAUCUGGUUCCAAAUCAUGUUCAAACUUUGAUGCCCCAAAGGAGAGCAUGUUAGUGGUGUCAGAGUUUAUUGGAUGCUCUCCAUCUCUUAGUGGGGCAAUCCGUGUUAACCCAUGGAAUGUUGAAGCAACUGCAGAGGCAAUGAAUGUUGCUAUAUCAAUGGAUAAUUCAGAGAGACAAUUACAGCAUGAGAAGCAUUACCAGUAUAUCAGUACGCAUGAUGUGGCUUAUUGGUCACGUAGUUUCUUGCAAGACAUGCAGAGAAGUUGUGCAGACCAUUUUAAGAGAAGAUGUUGGGGAAUUGGCUUUGGCUUUGGAUUCAGAGUUGUGGCACUUGAUCCUAAUUUCAGAAAGCUUUCAAUUGAUACUAUUGUAACAGCUUACAGAGGAGCAACAACUAGAGCCAUUCUGUUGGAUUAUGAUGGUACUGUAAUGCCCCAGCACUCAAUUGACAAGUCCCCAAGUCAGAAGGUAAUCGCAAUUAUGAACAUGCUCUGUGCCGAUCCAAAAAAUACGGUUUUCAUCGUCACUGGUAGAGGGAGGGAGAGCUUAAGCAAGUGGUUUUCUCCAUGCCAGGGGCUUGGAAUUGCAGCAGAACAUGGAUACUUCCUAAGAUGGUCUCAAGAUGAGGACUGGGAAAUCUGUAUGCAAGGUUUGGGGUUUGGUUGGAUGAAAAUAGCUGAACCAGUGAUGAAAUUGUAUACUGAGGCUACUGAUGGUUCUUCUAUUGAAAUUAAGGAAAGUGCUAUGGUUUGGCAAUAUCGAGAUGCAGACUCAGGAUUUGGGUCCUCCCAGGCAAAAGAGAUGUUGGAUCAUCUAGAAAGUGUCUUGGCAAAUGAACCUGUUGCGGUCAAGCGGGGCCAGUUUAUUGUAGACGUGAAACCUCAGGGAGUCAGUAAAGGGCUUGUUGCGGAGAAGAUUUUCACAUCAAUGGCUGCAAAUGGAAAACAUGCCGACUUUGUUCUUUGUAUUGGUGAUGACAGAUCUGAUGAGGACAUGUUUGAGAUAUUUGGCCAUGCGAAGUUGAAAGAUAUUCUUUCCCCUAAUCCUGCAAUUUUUGCCUGCACAGUUGGACAAAAGCCAAGCAAGGCUACAUAUUACUUGGACGACACAACUGAGGUGAUCACCAUGCUUGAAUCUCUUGCUGAAGCCUUUGAUACUUUACCACCCAGUGAAGGAGGAUAUGAGAGCGAUCCUUGA